AUGAAGGACAAGGUCAUUGUCAAGGGUCGAAAAUGUGGUUACUGCGGAUUUUAUCUCCCACAAUCGUAUGACUUAAUGAACCACUCAUGUUUCCAUCCCUUUGAUGAUGAAAUAAAUGCAUUUAAUGUAGAUGAAAAUUUCAUAGUUACUGUCGUGAUGAGAGAGGAGUAUGAUAAUAAUUUUUCCGAACCUGGGACUAGCACAUGUCAGCUGACAAAUAAUAAAGAUGACGAGCAGCAGGAAGUUAACAUAGAUGAAUUACUUAUUACUUGUGUGGCUCGUAAGCGAGCAUUAUUUAAUUAUAGACUACCUGCAAACGAAAGAAGUAAUUUAAAAAAAAAGGCGUUGUGGCAAGAAACGAAGCAAAACGAAGAUGGAGGUAUCUUCGAGACUGUUACAUGGUCUAGCACAUGUCAGCUGACAAAUAAUAAAGAUGACGAGCAGCAGGAAGUUAACAUAGAUGAAUUACUUAUUACUUGUGUGGCCAUAAAAAUGAGAGCAGCAAAAGUACUUCUUAAUAAAAAAUAUUAUCCUGAAGUGUUAAAAUUCACUACUUUUACAUCUCAGUAA